AUACGUGCUUGGCACAUACAUUUGUAACCCCUAAAGAAUAUACGACGCCCGUUCAAAAAAAAGCUUAUCAAAUUUAUAUACGCAUGUGGCAUUUAAUUUUUUUCAUUUAAAAAAAAAAAAUUAUAAACAUUCUCGCGAAUAUUUGUAACCCUUCUGAUAUUUAUCAAAAUAUGAAUUCCUUUCAUUUUGCGAACUAACGUAAAGGAAUUUUUUAAGAGGCUCCUUCAUCCAUAUAACGGAAAUAUAACAGUACACUGUUUAGUCGCUUAAAAGAUGGGUAUCAGCAGAGACGGCCGACACAAACUCCGCCUCACCGGUGGAAAAAAAAAAAUCCACAAGAAGAAGAGAAAGUAUGAAUUAGGAAGGCCCCCAUCGAACACCAAGUUGGGCAGUAAACAAGUGCACGUUGUUAGGGGAAGAGGAAGAAACUACAAGUACCGUGCAAUCAAGCUCGAUUCAGGCAGCUUUUCCUGGCCCGCAUUUGGAGUUUCAAAAAUUACCAGAAUUAUUGACGUUGUUUAUAAUGCCUCCAACAAUGAGCUUGUCAGAACAAAGACGUUGGUAAAAAACUGCAUCGUUUUGAUUGAUUCCCAUCCGUUUACGACAUGGUACGAAAACACAUUUGGUGUAACCCUUGGAAAGAAGAAAAAAGGAAAGACUGAUGAAGAGAACAAAGAGGAGAACAAAGCUGAAGGGGAAGAAAACGAAGAAAAUAAUGAAGAGAAAGAUGAGAAAGCAAAGUCGUCAUACUCGGUAAUUAAAAAGAUAGGAAAGUCUAAGCAGAUCGACCCAGCUUUAUUAGAACAGUUCAAACAGGGAAGAGUGUUAGCUUGCAUCAGCAGCAGGCCAGGACAGUGCGGCAAAGCUGAUGGAUACAUCAUUGAGGGUGAUGAGUUGCUAUUUUACAAACGUAAAAUGGACAAGAAAAAGAGGAAUUAACUGCAUCGCUCUGUGUGCUUUUAUUUAGUGUAAAACGGGGUUAUUUCGCAGAGGAAGAGGAGACCAAGAAAACGUUUUACACACACACCCCAUGCGCGAGCAUACGUAUUAUAUACAUUACAUAGCUGUACAAGCACCCAGUGCGUGCACGCAUGUAAGUGCACCACGUAUAUAUAUGUAUGCUUAUGCAUCCCCACCUUUGCACCUCCUUUUUUCAUUUUUAACGACCAGCUUAUGACAAACGAAUGCAUCCCCGUACCACCCGUACCACCCGUACCACGUUGUUAAGCCUUUUAAUAGACUUCCAAUUAAAACUCUAUUUAAGUGCAAGAAAAAUUGCACGCCUAAUUUUA